AAGUUGAGUGUCUUUGACUUUUUAUAGAGAGAAGAGAUAAAAGGAGAGUCAAGGAAGGAGGAAGCUGCAGAGAUCACCGGAAAGAAUGAGUUGGGAGAGAAAGGGAAGCAAGAGACGGCGGCAGAGUCGGAGGAGCUUAGGCGGAGGAGGCCAGGAGGAGGGUGUUUGUUGUGGAGGCGUUUCUUGUGGAUGAGAAAAAGGGAAAGAGAUAAGGAGAAACUUAGAGGACCUACGAAAAUUAAGAAUAGUCAUUGUAGUAAGAACAUCUUUCUUUGCCCCAUUCAUCAAUGGUAAUUAAAAAAAGAUUAAAUUUUAUAGUUGGUUCUCUCUAAACAAUAAAUUUUCAUAUUUAGUCAUUCUAUCAAAUAUUACGUUUGUGAUACUUUUUCACAUAUUAUCUUUAUUGACUAUUUGUCAUGUUCAUGUUAAAUGAAGAUCGUGACAAAGUGAUUUUCAAAUACUCCCAAAAUAUUACGGAUCGGCUUAGGAACAACCGAACAAGGCUUUUUUAAUAAGGAAAGGAUAAGAGAAAAUAAAUGCAGCGACGUAGUCGUCGUUAUCGUCAACUCUAAGAUGAAACCAGCUGCUACUGCCGCCAUGACGGGAGGAGGCGUCGCCGCCGCCGUCUCCUGCUCGCAGAUUUUCCCGGUCAGCAGCAAUAAUCUGAUCUCCCAUUUUCUCUCCACAAAUCAAUCUCAAUCCUUAUCAUCCACACUAAGGUUAGGAUCGGCGGUUUCCGUUUAUCAAGCCUCGAUUUCGGCCAAGCCCCUGAACCGGAUCCGGCUCAAGGUCUUCUGCGGCGCUGCCGAUUCCACUCAGACACACUCGUCCCAAACGUCCGUCAUCGUCGAUGAUGAGUUCUCCCUUUCCAAGGUUUCAUUUGGUGUCAUUGGACUUGGUUUGGGGACUUCACUUCUAUCGUAUGGUUUUGGAGCAUAUUUUACCAUCCUUCCUGGAGCAGAGUGGUCUGCAUUGAUGCUUACAUAUGGCUUUCCUCUUGUUAUUAUUGGCAUGGCCCUUAAGUAUGCAGAGCUUAAACCAGCACCAUGUGUGACCUACGCAGAUGCUCAAGUUCUAAGAGAAAAGUGUGCCACUCCAAUUCUAAAACAGGUUAGGAGUGAUGUGACAAGAUAUCGUUAUGGAGACGAGCAGCAUUUAGAUGAGGCAUUGAAACGGAUCUUUCAGUAUGGUCAGGGUGGAGGAAUUUCACGGAGAAGUGCUCCCAUUUUGCAAAUGAUUCGUGAAGAGGUUACUGAGGAUGGGAAGUACUGUCUAGUUUUGGUGUUCAAGGCCAAAGCUUUGCAGUUAUCAGAUUUUGAAAAACGACAGGAAAAGUUUGCUUCCUUCUUUGGUCCCGGCAUUUCAGCUGAAAUUGUUAAGGGAGGCAAGAACUUGUACGAAGUCCGAUUAAUUUCCAACACCACAUUGUGAGGUCUGCAUAUAUACUUCUCUGCACUAGCUGAAAUGCUUUUGAGGCUGUGUUAUGUAUGGAAUUUUACCUUCUUUCUUCUUCUUCUUUUUUUAAAGUGUGGCCAUGUGUAUGAAAAUUCAUAUUUUGGAAACACACAUCCUUUGUGUAAAUAAUUUGUGCCAUUAAUUUUAACAUGCACCAUGAUAACCACGGGUAAUUAUAAAUGUAGUGCUCUAUCACCACCCACUUCAAAUCAAUAGUCACUCAACGU